AUGUGGUUAUGGGCCAGCGGCCGAUUACCGUACUAUAGUGACUUUUGGUCUCGACCAGUGUUUUCAAUGACCAUUCUACUUGGUAUUACUUAUUGGCAAGAAUUUCAUUUCUAUUGGAUCCAUCGGUUUAUGCAUCCGUGGUGGUCUAUCCAAAAUGGUUUGCGCGACGGCGAUAUUGGCGCGUUUUUAUAUCGUCAUGUACAUAGUCUGCAUCAUUUAAGUCGUAAUCCUGGUCCAUGGGCUGGCUUAUCAAUGCAUCCACUUGAACAUUUCAUUUACUAUUCAUAAUUAAAAGCUCUACAAACAUUGAAAUUUUCAUCAAAUUUGCAACGUGGUUGA